GGUCGGGCAGGAGUUAGAAUCUGGGAGGGAGCCCAUUGUUCCUCGGGUUGGGUGGUGGUGUAAUUACUGCUCUCGAGUUUUGAUGGCCGACUGACUUACGACUGGACGGGAUGAUUCCUUUCAGAAGUCGCCUACUCGCAGUCCUCCUCCUCCUCCUCCUCCUCCGCCUCUUGCAGCACCAGCUGCUGCUACAUUGCCUCACGAGCAGCGGCGAGGAGGGCCCUCUCCCCGCCCCCUCCUCCAGCCCAGCCUCCAGCAGCGCUGCUGUGCUGCUGCUGCUGCUGCUGCCCAUGGACUUCUGCCUUGCCUGCCUGCCUUCGCAACUGAACCCUGCAGCAACUGCCUGCUUCCGCCUCUCCUCCUCUUUGCUGCCCUGAACAUUCCAGUCCUUCCCAGUCCUCCACCUUCUCUCUCCUCUCCUCUCGUCCCGUCCCGUCUCCUGCCUGCCUGCCUGCUCGACUCGCUCGCUCGCUCGCUCGUCCACCACCUCGCUCGCCAGCCAAAUCUUGCGUCCCGUCGCACGCUCUCCUGCCGCCCUGCCUGCUGCCAUACGUAUAUAGACCAUCCGGCUCUCGCUCACCACGUUCCAUCGGCCUAGUGGUACUUUUAUCCGGCCUCAAUUUCGGAGUCCACUGCAGGAGCUGCUGCUGUUGCUCGAGCGAGCGAGCUCGUGUGAGUCUGUUUCCGUAGUUCAGUAGUUCAGUGGGUCGGGACAGCAGCGCGGACGUAGACCGUCGACUGCACCACCUGCACGAGCUGUACUCGUCCAGCAGAAGAAUCAGACGGCACGACGCUCUUGCCAGCUCUUGGGUGCGCUUCGUCGAUCCAAGCCCUCUCUCUUGCCGCAGUCGACUCUCGAGCUGAGCUGUGAGCUGAGCCAGCUGCUGCAUCGCGAAAGAUGGUCGCUCGCACUCCGCUGGUGGUCAAUUUCGAGUGAGCGAGCGCUGUUGCGCGUCGCGCGGUCAUGCUUUGCGAACUUCGACCCCACUUUCGGUGCUACGGGCAGCUCGACUGACUGCAACCACCCCACCCGCAUCGCCUCGCCUCGCCUCGCAACAAUCCUCGACCGGGCGGCUGUCGGUGACAGCGGGAGUAUGCAAAUGCUGCAAUCUCCGAGGCCGAGUCUGGACGCAGAAUCAUGCCAUCAGCGCUGAACAUUCAACUGCGAGCGUCGAGCGGAUUGCGUCGCCAAGAGAAGGAAGGAACCGGUGCACCAUCUCGUCGGCCAUCGACGGCUGGCAGGCGGAGCUCGGGUUUGUGGCUGAGGUAAUUCGCUGCAAGCAGCCAAGGCUGGCGCGGGCCAGGCCGGGCCGCUCAAUCCUCCGCACAUUGGAGCUUUACUCGCGUCUCUAAUUCUCGCCAACCCAUUGGGUCGUGAAAUCUUGGCCUCGUGCUGCCGCUGACCAAAACACCUGCCCGCCUAGCGCGAGCGAGCUAGGCGCAUUUCUUCGGCGAUUGGCCGCCCGGCACCGCGCAGCAGCAGUGCAGUGCGAUCGGCGGGAACGCAAGGAGGGAGGGAGGGAGGGAGGGGCCGCGCAGCUGGGACCAUUCAGGGACGGUCCGGGAGCAAUCGCCAUUCUCCAUCUGGCGCUCCAUCCGCACUCCUCUAGCUAGAGCUGGUCCGAGGGGCAGCAGCCUUUAAUAGAAGCGGCUUGCGGGGGAUCGGUCGCAGGAAUUGCCGCAGCCGCUUUUGCGAGCGAGCGAGCGAGCGGGUCCCUCGGCCGAGGGAGGGAGGGAGGGAGGGACCGGGCGUACUGUCGUCGUGUUGAAUGGGCGUAUUCCACGGGGGCUCUCGCGUUCCCGCACUUUCGGUUGUCGGUUGCGGGGCUCGGGUCCUUAUUGAUUCCGGGGUUGGCCUCGGUCGCGCAAAGGGCUUCUCCUUCGCGGAGCCUGAGCGAGCUGGAUGUCGGGCACAGGCAUGAGCGGCCGCAAGAACUGCUGCUCGCUUGUCGGGGAUGAGGGAAUGGUGUCGUGCGCUGGAAGGGCCCAGAAUUUCAUCCGGACCUUUGACCGCUGGAGGCUUUGAUGACACAAAUAUGACGUGCCCUUCUCCUUCGUUCGUGGAUUGCAUGCUAUGACGCUUUGUGCGAGCUGUAGAUGGUCGUCGUUCUCUACGUUGAUGUUGAUAUCGGGACGAGGAGAGCCCGCAGGAGGUGCAGCAGCAGCAGCAGCAGCUGCGGGAUGUUAGAUCCCGCGCUCGCGAGAGGAUUGUGCAGGAGUGACGUGACGGCACGAGGAGGAUGAGCGGCGACGAUGUUCAUCAGUGACAGGUAGCACGAGAGCUGCGAGAGUCCGCCGCUUCGAAUUAGCUGACGCUCGUGUUCGCAAGCUUCGUCCAUCAUGAAGUUCAUGAAAUUGGGAGCCAAGGUCGACAUUUUCCACACCGACGGAAACGUCACGUCAGUGGCAACAGACCUUUCCAGUGAUGUAGUCAUCAAGGUUGAUGAUGCACAACUCCAUCUUCACAAGUUUCCUCUUCUGUGCAAAAGCGGCAAGCUUCAAAAAUUGAUAGCUGAGGCACGGGAGAUGAGCACAAAUGAGAUAGAUCUCGAAGACUUCCCUGGCGGCAACGAGUCUUUGGAGCUGUGUAUGAAGUUUUGUUACGGAAUAGCAAUCACGUUCAACGCCUACAAUGUGGUUCCUGUGCGCUGCGGAGCGGAGUACCUGGAAAUGACAGAAGCAAUCGAGAAGGGUAACCUCAUCUACAAGCUAGAAGUUUUCUUGAACACAAGUAUCUUCCGGAGUUGGAAAGACUCUAUCAUCGUGCUUCAAAGCUGCAAGGCUCUGAUGCCUUGGUCCGAAGACCUGAAAAUAGUUGCUCGCUGUAUAGAUUCUAUUGCAUCCAAAACUGCGACGGAUCCUGCCAAGGUCGAUUGGUCAUUUACUCACACUCGAACACCCACUGCAACUGUUACAAGCGUCGAACAUUCUACCACAGAUUUAACAAGUCCGCCAUGGAAUGGUAUUCAAAGUCGUCGCCAUCGGGUUGUCCCCAAAGACUGGUGGGCAGAGGACAUUUUGGAGCUGGAGAUGGACUUCUACUGGAGGGUGAUGGUAGCUAUCAAAGCCAAAGGAAUGGCUCAGGAUUUGGUAGGAGAGGCACUUAGGCUUUACGCCAUGAGAUGGUUACCUGGUCUAUCAAAGGAAGAUAGUGCUCCAAGACCAUCAGCAGCUGCUUCAGUUCCAUGUGAGGCAAUAGAAGUUGCUGGGAAGCACAGGUUGUUACUGGAGACCAUAGUGAAUCUACUACCUGCAGAAAAGGGUACGUCUUGUUGCAGCUUUUUGUUGAAGUUGCUCAAAGCAGCUACUAUCUUGAAUGCAUCUCCAUCGUGCAAAAUGGAGCUGGCUCGGCGAAUAGGUCUCCAGCUGGAAGAGGCCACUCUUGACGACCUCCUCAUUCCAUCUCUUUCUUAUACAAAUAACACUUUGUUUGAUGUUGACGUCAUUCAACACAUACUUGAACACUUCCUUAUGCAAGACCAAAGUCCUCCAGUCAGUCCGACUCGUGCACGUCAGCCAGGCGAGAGCCGGCGGAGGACUCGAUCAGCGGAGAACAUAGAUUUUUCGGAGAGUAGAAGAGCUACUUGUGCUACGCAUAGUUCCAAGUUAAAAGUGGCAAAACUCAUCGACAGUUACCUGGCCGAGAUCGCCCGAGAUCCAAAUAUUCAAGUCUCCAAGUUCGUCUCUCUAGCUGAGGCAAUUCCUGAUUUUGCCCGGCCUGUUCAUGAUGGGUUGUAUCGAGGCAUCGAUAUGUUUCUCAAGGAACAUCCCAAUCUAAGUAAAAGCGACCGUAAAAGGAUAUGCCGAUUGAUGGAUUGCAAGAAGUUGUCAAUGGACGCUUGUAUGCAUGCAGCACAGAAUGAACGUCUACCCCUCCGUGUAGUUGUUCAAGUUCUUUUCUUUGAACAAGUAAGGACUGCCAUGACGGGUGGAUUCUUGCUGCAUGAUCUGCCUGGUAAUAUCAAGGCCCUUUUACCGCCCUCACAAGUUCAAGCAUUGGAAGCUGCAUCUUUGCAGGAUGCUGGUACGCCCGAAGAGGCAUGGGACACUGUCCAUCACGAUUUCAAUGCGCUGAAGGGAGAUCUGGCCAACAUGAAGAAGCGAAUUGCAGAGGCAGAGCGAGAACGCACAAACAUUCAAAUCGAGGCCGUGAAACAGUCAUCCAAGCAGAAGGCCACGUUUCCGUUUCCGUCUAUCUCGAAGAAGUUUCUCGGCAAGUUUUUUAACCAACAAAGUAAAGGGCCUAUUGAAGUCACCAAGGGUUCAGACACAUCCACCAAAGAUUCAGAGAGCUCAGGUUCAGGUGGUCUUGCAUGAAUAUUUCCAGCUCUCAUGAGCUAGCAAUACCCUGGAGGCUUCAAACUUGGUUCGUCAUACUUACAGUAUACAUGGGAGUCCCUUUAUGAGGAAGUCCUUGAUCUUCAUCAAAGCUGGUUUAUGGAGAAGUCACUGUUGAAAGCUAGGUGCAAAAGUAGAAUAUGGCACGAAUCCUCUGCCGCUGAGGGUCUAGUCUAGAGUCGACUUCCAAGAUACUGUAAAUCAUGUGCUUCGUCUUGGUUCUCGAUCUCCUCACAGCCGUAGUUAUUGAUGUCAGCCCUUGAGGCAGAACAAGCUCAGCGCUAAAAGGUUUCUGAUCAUGAGAUUUUAUGCAGUAGCAAAUUAAAGGCUUCCACAUGAGUUUUCUUCUCCAUUCUUCUGGAAUACCUCGAGUGUAUCAAGAGUGGUUUGGCUUAUCAUAGAAAUUUUGUUUGUAGAGCUUGUGUUAAAGAGUUAGAUCGUUAUUUUAAUCCUUACGCAGGGCUCUCCUAAAUAACUACUUUUCCAGAUGGACAUGACAGAGAAUUCAGGCAGAGUCUGAAGAAUAGAAAUGUACAGACAGGUCGGACAUAAUCUCAAACCUUGGAGAGAAGUUGAAGGAAGUAACGCAUGAAGGACGAUCGUUCGUCUUUGCUCAUUGCAAGUUGUGAUUGCAGUAGCCAUUCAGGGAA